AUGCCACCCGGCGGCUUAGAUCAGGCACGUGAACCUGAGCCCUCGCCCUCCUCUUCGCCGCGUUCGCCUUCGUUUGGGUCUGCUCACUCCCGAUUCUACUCUUCUCUUGUAUCUCCGCACCUGCUGUGUUCGACGUUGUCAUUCCCUCCCAGUUCUUCCUCUUCUCCGUCGUGUCUUCGCUUGCCUACUGCUUCUGGCUUGCCUACUCGCUCCGCUGAUUCGUCUCCAACCGUCUGUGUUCUACGCGCUCCCGGUGCCUCCCUUUCUCCCCCCAGUUCGCCCUCUGCUCCAGCAUCCCAGGUUCCGCACGAGAGCCUCUUGCCGCGAUCCUCUUUUCCGCUCGGGCAAGCGCGCGAUGCAGCGUUCGACGCCUUCGUCCCCGGUGGCGGUUUGUCGUGGCUGCAAGUUCGGUGGAAGAAGAAACGAGGAAAGAAGGAAAAAAUCAUCUUGAAUGCGGAGCAAGUUGCAACGAAAACAAAGUACGACGAACGAUUGGGCUCCCGACGGGAGUCAGGUUUCCAGAUCGACGCGUCCGCUUCCCCCGUUUUCAGGCUCUACGAAAGGGACUCCGGUGCAUCCCCCCUAACGCUUGCUGUCGGUUCCUCUCGCUGCCGCCGAUUCGAUUGGAGGACCGCGUUACCCCGGAGCCACCCGCAAGUGUGGCGAGAAACAUUCGAGCUCAAAUCUCUCGGGCUGCGGCAGGUUGGAAGACAAAACGCAUGUUCACGUACCGAAAUAAAUACCGACGAUGACGAGUUCACACAGGCGAACUCGCGAAAGAGAGACAGUCAGGCGUCGACCUCCAGCUCGGCCUCGUCUGGAGGCGAGUUCAAGCAGGCUGCCGGCGUGAAGGAAUCGUCCAUGGGACGGAAGCAGAAGCGUGCGUUUGCUGGCCGCACGUUUGUGACCCCCCUCACGAAGCUGCAGCACCAGGCGGCGCUCCCGCGAUCUCCUCUGCAUGCGCGCUUCGACUUUCCCCACACUUUCCACUACGACGUUUUCUGGGGCCCGCCUCAGGUGGAAGAAGAGCCAAACAAAACGGCGUGCUGGGUGUCCUUCCACGUGGCCGACCUGAAACUCUCCGACAGUCAAGAACAGCGGCUCCUGGACAUAUUGGGCCCCGAGCGAUACGACGAGCAGACUGGAAUAGCCUGCCUGGAAGCAGAUGUUUUCCCUCAGCUCAACCACAACGCUGCCUACUUGGGUGAGUCAGAUCUCCCUUCUGCGCCGAUCAGCAAUUCAGGAGUCCUCCCGAAGAGGGAAGCGAGAAGGGAAACGCAUCAGAUCCGCACCGCGUGUCAUCCACAUGCAGAACCAUCGCCACGUUCAUGCAGGCUGACAGUGAAUGUAUACCCUGUUUCCCCAGCCCGUUGGAGAUAUUCUUCAACAGCUUAUGCGAGAGGUGCAAAAAGCGUGAAUCGUGUCACAAAUGACACAGGACUGGCCGCUGACACAGGAACGCACACAGAAAUGAAGAUUGCCCGCACAUUCGCAGGAAAGACCUGGCCUACAGCCUAUUGCGUCCUUCCGUGUACGCAGCAGCCAGCGGAUUUUUUAAAGACGAAAACGAAGAUGGCUUUAGUUGCAACGAGCAUACACCCUUGA